CACCGGAACACCGCGUCCGACGGCGGCGAGGAUUAUUACCUGAACGAGUGAACCUCAUCUUGGAGCUAUAAUUCUCUCUCUCUCCCUCUCUCUCUCUCUCCCUCUCUCUCCCCUCCCCUUCACUCCCUCCACAAAAAAUGGGCCGCGCGUCAGUGUAACUGAGGUAAAGUGACCUUUAAUUUCAUCGUCCCAUGGAACAUCUCCACGAUAACGGCGUUAUGUUGACGCUGGAGGCGCAGCCGCGUCGUGUUGUUGCAAAAACGGCGGCGGUCGCGACCAACGGAGAGCCUUCAUCAUCAUCAUCAUCAUCAUCAUCAUCAUCAUCCUCCUCCUCCUCCUCCUGCUGCUGCUGCUCAAUCAAUAACGGUGGCUCGCGCUUGCCCAUGCACUCGACGGCCUCUGCUCAUCAGCACCACGUUGCCCCUCCGAGGAGACACCCACCCCCUUACCACUUCAGAGUUCAUCAUCUGUUCCCGGAGGAGAAUGCUCAGGAUCCUGUGGUGAGGAAACACCUCCCCGCGCUCCAGUACAAGGUCCACGACUCUGCCUUCUGCCGCGUCCUCAGCACGGACACCACGGCUGCUGCUCUGGCCGCCGCCGCCGCUGUGUGCUCGGGCAGCGUGGACGCCGAUGUGUGGAAGUGUGGAUAUCUGAGAAAACAGAAACACGGCCACAAGAGGUUCUUUGUGUUGAGAGGGCCCAGUAACCUCGGGCCCAGUCGCCUGGAGUACUAUGACAGUGAGAAAAAAUUCCGAAAUGCACUUAAAGUUGCUGCCUCCACUGCCGGUGUUUCGUGUCCUCCUAAGAGGGUUAUUUACCUGUCCCAGUGUUUCACGGUCAACAAGAGGGCUGACGCCAAGAACAAAUACCUCAUUGCUCUUUAUACAAAAGAUGAGUAUUUUGCGGUGGUGGCUGACAGCGAGCAGGAGCAGGAGGACUGGUACCUGGCCCUCACUGAACUGAUGACCGAAGGCAAAAAGGGCCAGCUGGACACGGACGAGUUAGAUGAUGGCUAUGGGACCAUUUCACCUGGGACUAUUUUUAAGGAGGUGUGGCAGGUGAAUGUGAAGCCUAAAGGUUUGGGGCAGACCAAGAAUUUAAUGGGGGUGUACCGUCUGUGCCUUUCCGCAAAGACAAUUCACCUGGUGAAGUUAAAUUCCGAGACUCCUGCUGUGAACCUGCCCUUGAUGAACAUUCGCCGCUGCGGCCAUUCUGAGAGUUUUUUCUUCAUCGAGGUGGGACGCUCUUCUUCUAUCGGUCCAGGUGAGAUCUGGGUGCAAGUGGAAGACUCUGUGGUGGCUCAGAACAUGCACGAGACCAUUCUGGACACCAUGAAGGCUUUGAAGGCCUUUCCGGACUUCAGACCACGGAGCAAAAGCCAGUCCUCCGGGUCCAACCCCAUACCCUUUAUCACGACGCGCCGCCACUUCGGCAAUCUCCCUCCCAGCCACACAGGGCUCCAGCGUGCCUCCAGGACUGAUUCGGUGAUGGGCAUACCUCCUACUGGAAAGAGUAAAGGAGUAACAGGACAGCGCUACCGUACCUCCAGCGAAGGCGAGGGCACUUCUGACCGACCUCUCAGCUCAGGCACGGGCAGCUUGUUGCACCUGAACACGCCCUGCCUGAAUGUGGGCAGGGAGGAGAGCGGUGGCUGCUGCGCCCAUGUCUCACCUGGUUCUGCCCAUCAUACUCGCUCUGCCUCCCUCCCCGUAUCGCACUUUCUGUCUGCUACCAGUCCCAUCAGCGUUUCCAGCAGCAGCGGCCAUGGUUCUGCCUCGGACACGCACACACGACCCUCCAGCUCCUCCAUCUGCGGCUCCCCCAGUGAUGGAGGCUUCAACUCCUCUGAUGAGUUCUGUCCCAGCCCUUGUGACUUUAGAUAUUUCCGUGCAAGCAGCAGUACACCUGAGCCACACAGCGACACUCCACCCAUUAGGGAGGAGAAUCGAUUAGCGGAUUACAUGGCCAUGGAUUGGUACAAAGACGCACAGGGUGGUGCCAGGACUUUUGAGGAGGAGAGCAGUUAUAUGGAAAGAACUUUUCUCAAGCUCACACAUUACGCCAAGCCAAAACCUGCUAACAGUUUAGGUGUCAUGCACCAGAAAGCGACGCAGACUUCAUCUUCAUUAGAUGAAUCGAGCCCCGUGGAGUCAAAACGGCACGCUGUCUGCUCCUGCCUCCUCAAAGCAGGCUAUAAAUCUUACUCGGAGUUACAUCACCCAAACAGGCCUCCCUCACUCAACUCAGACGGUCAGAAGAAGCUGCCUAAGGAUGAUGGCUACAUGCCUAUGAUCUAUAACAUCGUCCCCUCUCCUCAUACAGAUUACACCCCUAUGCAACCCAGAGCAAACCACAUGGCCACCCUGCACCUUCAUCCCUGCUCUUUACAGCAGGUGGACAGACAUGGCUACAUGAUGAUGCUGCCACGAGACAGCCCUUCUCCCGGAAUAACCAGUCCCUCCUCCAGAAGCCAAACUGAGUAUGAUGAUUACAUGGACAUGUCCCAGAUCGGCUCAGCUGAAGGCUACAGGCAGGCUUCCCCUGAAGGCCCCAAGUCUUACGGCUCUUAUUUCUCCCUUCCUCGCUCUUACAAAACUCCGUGUCGAGACGAUCGCAGAAAAACGGAAUAUGUUCCCGAGUCACCAGUUGAACCUCCGAGUCCUCCCAGUCCAGGAGAUUACAUCCACAUGGAGUUUGGAGACAGGCCUCGUCAUGCAGCGUCCUCCCCGUCAGCAGUGGACUCCACCUCCCAGCCUUGCUAUCAGCUAUGCUGCUCCUCACCUGACCACGAUUACAUAGGCCUAAACAUGGACAACCUCCUGAAGAACCGUCCUCCUCGGCACUCCCUCGUAGCCCCAUGGAACCCUCCGAACUACGCACGCCCCUUAGGAUGCACCUACAGUCAGGUUCAGAAUAACUUUGUCCCUAAGAGCGUCCACAGAGAAGCUGAGAGUCCCUCUAGGAUGAUACAACACCUCUGUGUCUCUGAAAGGUGCCCCAGUCCUCAAACCGAACCUAAGGUCAUUAGGGCAGAUCCUCAGGGCCGGAGGAGACACAGCUCUGAGACCUUCUACCCCUGUCCUGGUGGCACUGCGGGUGGAUGCGCCGCCAGAGCCUCUGCCAUCGUGAAUCUUGUAGAAGGCUGUCGAUGGCAGAAUUCUGCCUCGUUUGAUAGCAUGUGGUCUUACACAGAAGAUCAAGGAUCUCCUGACUCUGUUCUCCUCACUGCUAACUGUGCCACUGGAGGAACGCGCUGCAAUGUUUCAUCCAGCUACCUCAACUACAUCGCUCUGGACCUGAGGGAAGUCCAAAGGAUCACCCACGAUGCCACACCUCCGCACCCAGCCCACGGGACACUCGAAGAUAGCGAGGCCUGUGCUGGUCUGGACUUAUCCAAGUCAGGAGGACACACCACUGCCUCGAAAGAGUGAGCACGCCGUACGCUGGGAGGAAAUCAGAACUUUGGAAAUCCAGUGGACUCCAGAAUGCAGAAGAGGAAGCUGCCUCGUCCUCCUCGUCCUCCUCGUCUUCAUCAGACCUCCAACUGCAAAGACUGAAUAAACUACACAGCCUCUUUUGCUCUGUAUCUCCUACAUAACUGCCUCAGAUCGGUUCCAUUUUUAUUGUUCAGUUAAAACACACGUGUGUUAUUGUUUACGUGAGUGACUGCGCUGAUCCUGAGUCCGAAAUCAGAGCUGUGAUCUUCAUCCAGACUUCGAGCACUAAUCUCCAUAACCACCUUCUUCACUUCCUCACAGUCCUCACACAACCUGCUGAAUCACUGUAAAUACGAGGUGCUUGUGUAUCAAAUGAGAUUUUGUAAAAUGUGCCAACUACGUAGUAGUCCCCUACACACACACUCUCUCUCACACACACAGACAUACUCUCACACACACACUCUCUCUCUCACACACACACCUUUGUUUAUUUAGAUUGAUUUGUAUUUCUCUGUACUUUUUUCUGAGAUCCUGCACAUCAGUUGUAAAAGGAUUCACAUUGGCCACACGCACACACACACACACACACACACACACACACACUUCAGACGUACACUAGUUGAUGUUUUUGCUUCUGCUUAGGUCUUGGAUACGCUAGCGAAAGUUUCCACGAUGCAACAUUUCCGAUAAAUCCUGUUUCCAGAGUUCGAGCGUUCAGACUUCCACUGAUUCCUUCAGCUUUCACUAAAACACUUAAAUACUUCCACAGUUGCUGCAGAAGCAUCUCCUGGAUCUGCUGGAUCUCCUGGAUCUCCUGGAGCAGUAGAUUGGAAUGAUGUUUGGAGAUCUCUAACGGCGGAGUGUAUCAUAGCGUAUCCGAGCCCUAAGGAGAUUUAGUAUAAAUACUCACUUUCUUCUCCCGGAGUGUGGGAGGACGGAGUGAAUUCAGAUCCUCAACAGUGUGAAAAUCUCACUUAACACAAACCACGAACUCACAGACAGCACUUUGUAGGUAUUAGAUAAAUAAAAAUGAAUAAGACGGUGUUUCUAAGUCAUGUAGUCGCUACCUCCAGUCCAUAUCAGAAAUCUAUUCAAUAAAUCUGUCUCACAGUAACAACAGACCUGCAACUGGACAGCCUGGAAUCCCUUUAGAUGUAAUGUGUGAACUUACACACGCACACACACACGCACACACACACAAAUCAUUUCUCUCUGUAUUUGAGUCUUCAGUAUGGAAGGACGCUAAGUCAACAUCUUUUCAUUCUGUUGUACUUCAUAUUUAUUUCAUGUUUGUAUUUAUUUUACGUGUAAAUGCUGCAGAUGAGUUGAAGUUUUGUACUGAUUUGAGUUUCUGCCCUGAAAAUGAGAGAAAGAUGUUUACUGAGUUGUUCCUCUGAUCCACACAAGUGCGUCUACAUGCUACACACUGUAGCCUACUGUUCUGUACUUUAUUUAUUUGUUUGUUUGUUUGUUUGUUUGUUUGUUUGUUUAUUGAUUGAAUCAGAUACAGUGGCGUUCGCUGAACACGGGACCAUUUGUACAGAGUGUUGCUGGUGAUUGCAGUUACGUUAAUGAAUUACAGAAAUGGAGACGUUCAUGUAAAUAACGGAGUUAUUUAAGACCAUGUGUUUUUUCUCAUAUAUUUUUGUCUCUAUUUAUUUAUUUAUUUAUUUAUUUAUUUAUUUAUUUUUUGAAUUGUUAUUCACAGUCCCUUCCUUGCCUGUACCUGAAAGCUUUAUAAGAAGAAUUGUUGGCUAGGGUGGAAAGCUGUGUAGUGAGAAGUGUGUAGCUUUGCAGUAGUAGUCCAGAUGAUGUUGGGACAAAAAAAACACGCUGUACAUCAGUGAGCUUUCCAUUUCUUUCUUCUUUCUUUCACUAGCGUUUGUGUCAUGCUAUCGUGUCAUGAUAUUGCGUUGCUUUUAAUGUAUGUGAUAUGUGACGUGGGAUUGAGGGGGGGUGAAAAAAUAAGAGUAGUAUACCGUUUUUUGGGAACUUUUCUACACAAUAACUGCAGUGAUGAGCUGAAAAAUAACCACGCUCGUGUUUUUAUUUUGUACUUUGAGAUCUUUUGAGGAUCUAGAAUUGGGGAAACUGGUAUUGUAAUCAUUGGAAUCAUGUUAUUGGCCUUUUUUAUUUACCUUGUUGUUUUAGUUGUUAAGGAAGAGAGCAGCAAGAAGAAAAAAGACCUGAAAUGUGCAGAGUGUGUGUUGACAGUUUGCAUUUCUUUUCUCUUGAGGAUCCCAGUCAAUGCUCACAAUCUACUGCUGAAACGGUCUGUGAUUGGGCCGAACCGUGCCGGUAGGAUCGGAUCGUUCGAAACACUGUCUUCCUUUGUAAAUAUUGUAAUUUUUUGAUAUCCCUUUCUCUUGUUGAUCAUGCUACGCAGCACCCACUUUCCUUGAUUUCAGAACGAGGGUGUCUGAGGAUUUUUUUGUCGGUUCUACAUUUUUAUAUUUUAUUUUUGGUGUAUAUUUAACAAAUUGGGUUUUGCUUGUCAUAGAGCUAUUGCAAUAAAAAAGUGCCAAGGUAUUCCUGACUGGGAACGAUGUUUUGUGUGUUUUCCUAUCAGAUGUUUGUGAUCAGACAUGAUGCAACAUUGCUCCAAGAUGUGUUAAGACCAGAGAUUCCCAUCUAAGCACAUAACUGACAAAAUAGUCUUUUAUUAUGGAGCAGCUUGGUAAGUGCUGCCCUCUGCUGGACAAAGUGAAGGUCACGUUCAGGGGCUUCAGCAGGUGAGUGUCUCUCCCAAACUGAAGCUCUUGACCUUGUCUCUGCAUGUAUUCAUGUACGGACACGUGACUGACUGAUUGGGUAAAUGCAUGAAUGAGCAGGUGUAAGGGUGUUCCUAAUAAAGAGGUCAGUGAGUGUAACACUAUAAUAAUAAUGUAACGUAUGCCACAAAUGUCCAAACCCAAAUCCAUGAAUGACCCAGCAGCCGCAGUUUAAAAGCAGAGCUGAAUUCUACGAGGAAACCUCGGGCCUGGCCAUGCCCGGAGAACUUUACUGCUUCAUCUCAUUCAUCUCAUUUCAUUUUCAGAACUAUUAAAUGUCUUAAAUUUUACCUCCACAUGUGAAACCUACUACAGAUACAGAUUAAGACCUGGAGAAGGUGCAU